CACACACAGUUCAGUGAGGAGAGAGAGAGCGGCAGGACGAGUCGGUCUGUGGUUCGAUGGUUCGGACUCUUCAGCAGAGAAAUGAGACUGAGGAUCGGCAGCGACUGAAGAGACAUGGACAAACAGAAAGUUCUGGCCAAGCUGAUCUGGGACCUGCAGUCCUUCCUGUCUGUUCUGGACUCAGAGAAUCUGAGUUACAUCGCUCAGGCUCAGAAGAAAUCCAUCUCAGAGCUGCUGUCCAGACUGCAAACACACGACACUCCAGUGGAAGAUGCUGAGUACAUGAUCAUGAGCUGUCCAUCAUCGUCUCCUAGCAACGAGCUGACAGACACACCUGGGACAGAUGAUGUCCGGUCAUCUGAGCUGGUCUCAAAGCAGGACUCAUCUCUCUGGCUGAGGAACGGGGGCCCCACGGUGCCGCCCCACCCUCCAGGAGGUCUAGGAGCUGAUGAUGAUGAAGACACCUAUGAGGAGGCGGAGCCCUACGUACCUGCUGACACGACCACGUCCAACACUGAGAGGGCGGAGUCAGACAGCAGUCACUACGAGUCGUACGAGGAGGAUGAUGAUGAUGGGGACAGGGGGGGGCUGGUGAAGGACAGAGCUCACUACCUGCAGUGGAGCGCCUCUCAGCCCUGCCUUCGCCCCGCCCCCGAGUCCCGCCUCUGUGGAUACCUGUGGAGGAGGAAGUGGCUCGGACAGUGGACCAAACAGCUGUUCAUCAUCAGGAACAGCAUGCUCCUGUGUUAUAAGUGUGCGCGGGACCUGCUGCCUCAGCUGGAGCUGAACCUGCGCGGCUGUCACCUGGCCUACAAGUCGAAGAGAGGCGGGAAAAUCCAGCACCAGCUCAAACUGGUUCUGCUGGGCUCCGAGUCUCUGGUGCUGGGAUACAACAGCUUCGAGCAGGCUGACGAGUGGAGGAGGGUGAUAGAGGAGGUGAGUGUUGGAGGUGAUGUCGAGACUCAGAGUUCAUUGUCUCUGAUCAGAUCAGACCAGCUGCUGUCCUGCAGGUCCAGUUCAGUCCAGAUUGACUCUGAGGACGACAGACCUUCGGCUCGCCGCAGCCUCCACAAAGACAGAGGUUUCCUGAACGUGCUGAUGAACUGUCAGUGGCAGAGUCUGCUGUGUCAGGUGGAGGCCGGUCUGCUCAACAUGUCCGCAGAGGAGGAGGAGGAGGAGGAGGAGGAGGAGGAGGAGGAGGAGUGGGGGGGAGGGGGGAGGAAGAGGGAGCGAUCUCCUCAGUACACCGUCCAGCUCAGAGGGUGUGAGGUCCGAGCCGGGCCCGACACAGACCACUCCUACAGGAUCACACUGAGCAUGCUCGGUGACCAGGUCGCUGUGCUGGAGGUCAGCAGUUCAGAGGAGAAGGAGCGGUGGUUGAAGCUGCUGCAGGACGGAGCUGCCAAUCACAGUUGCCAUGACAACAACAAGGCACAGGAGCACACAGGUGGAGCUCUGAGUGGGCUGCAGACCCGGAGGUUUCCCGCCUCCAACACCUACAUGGACGACCCCUUCCACCUGAGCGGGACGGGCCGGGACCAGCCCGUCUACUCCAACACCUCCAUCCUGGAGCACAUACUCCACAGCUCUCAGGAUUCAGUUCGCUGCAGCUCGGUGUCGUCCAAAGACUCAGCGACCUACAGCAACUCCGUCCACAGCAGCCACAACAGGUACGCAGGUGAGGUGGAGCGAGGCGUUCAGAAGCUGGAACUGACCAUGAAGAGGACGGUGCAGCUGAGGGCGGGGUCGGAGAUCAACCUGGCGUCGGCCGGGAAGCAAAACAAACGCACCUCUUUCAGACAGUCGCUGGCCAUCUGCACUGAGCGCGCUCAGGUUGGCUUCCUGAACCCUCUGCUGCGACGGACGGCCUCGGCUAAGAACUCUCUGAGACGAGCUCCGUCAGCGCUCUUCAUCGAGCACGGGAGGGUUUUCCAGAGGAGGAAGGAAUGGGAAACCAAAGCUGCAGCUUGACACCAGCUGUUCAACAUCACAUCCACAGACGACCUGACGCCUCCGACACUGUGGAUGUCACUCAAAGAGACAAGCUUAUAACUCAGUGUCUGCGUCGGCCUCUCGGACGGCUCUGACCACAGGCUUUGACACGUACGCUCACUGAGCACUUUAUAAGGAACACCUGUUCACCUGCUUCUUCCUGCAGUCAUCCAACCAGCCAAUCAUGAAGCGGCAGUUUAAAAUCCUUCAGAUCCCGAUCAGGAGCUGCAGUUUCACGUCUGACCGUGACGUGGUUGUUGGAGUCAGACGAGCUGGUUUGAGGUGGACGGACGAUUCCUGUCACCAGGAACAGAAACCUGAUGCUGCAGAACACCUCGGGGAUGUGGUAGAACAGGAGACAUCAGCUGGUGGAUCCAUGACAUGGAGAGCUGAGGAACGACCCAGUGUUAGUCAGCUGUUCCUAAUAAAGUGCUCACCGAGUGCACAGACUCAAACUUAAUCUUUCCAUAUACUGUUGUGAAUCUCUGAUAAACCAAAGAAAUCAAACAGUUUCUGCAAACAAGAUAAAUGCACGAUAAACUGAACACACACACACACACACACACACACACACACACACACACACACACACACACACACACACACACACACACACACACACAGCACACUGUCUUUAUUAACUUUACCUGUUAACCACUAAUCUGGGUUGGUUUUUGUCCAGUUGAAGGUUUUUGUAUUUCAAUAAACAACAUGUUAAUAAGCUCCAUCACAACAACAUGUCGGUACUUAAGAAUCCAGUGUUCAAUCACACGCAGCCAUGGACGGACUAUGAGACUGAGCUCAUGGGCCCAGACACCUAAAGGUGUGUCUGUCUCUUUGUAGUUGUUUUAUUUUUUGUAGUUAUUUAGUUUCUCUUUGUAGCUGUUUUGUGUCUCUUUGUAGUUGUUUAAAGUUUCUUUGUAGAUGUUUUCUGUCUCUUUGUAGUUGUUUAAUGUUUCUUUGUAGCUGUUUUCUGUCUCUUUGUAGUUGUUUAAUGUCUCUUUGUAGUUGUUUAAUGUUUCUUUGUAGCUGUUUUGUGUCUCUUUGUAGUUGUUUACUGUCUCUUUGUAGUUA